CUACAUAGACUGCAUAUUCUAACUCCAAGACAUCCAGAUAAUCUGUAAAAUGCCUCUGGAUCUCUCCGUAUAUCUAGUCACCGACUCGACCCCUGCCAUUCUCAAGGGUCGAGACCUCUGCACGGUUGUGGAAGAGGCCCUCAAAGGAGGCGUGACUAUUGUGCAAUACCGUGAGAAGAAAAGCGACACGGGGGCGCAAAUCGAGACAGCCAAGAAGCUGCACCAGCUCACCAAGGCGUAUGGCGUACCGUUGCUGAUCAACGACCGCGUGGAUGUUGCUCUGGCCGUGGGAGCGGAGGGCGUCCACCUGGGCCAGGAUGACAUGACAAUUGAGGUAGCCAAGAAGCUUCUCCCGAAAGAUGCCAUCAUCGGCAUUAGCGCCGGGUCGAUCGAGGAGGCCCAGAAGGCGAUUGCUGCCGGGGCCGAUUAUCUCGGCAUCGGAACCAUGUUUGCUACCUCAACGAAAACGAACACAAAGUUGAUUCUGGGGACAGCCGGCACCCAAGCUAUCCUGGAAGCCAUCUCCGACACUGGCAAGACGGUGGGAACCGUCUCCAUCGGCGGAAUCAACCAGUCGAACGUACAACGGGUAUUGUAUCAGUCUCGCGCCGCGAACAAGGGCCUGGAUGGCGUUGCCAUUGUUAGUGCGAUUAUGGCGGCCGAGGACCCCAAGGCUGCGGCGGCUGAGUUUGUGAAGCUCGUCGCCACCCCGCCUCCAUUCGUGCACAGCGAUCUGUCUACUACGGCGCGCGAUACCGCCGGACUUUUGAAGCAGGUUCCCCAGGUGGUCCAAGAUAUGGUCAAGGCCCACCCGUUGGUACACAAUAUGAUCAACCAUGUCGUGGCCAACUUUGUCGCCAACGUCGCUCUUUCAAUGGGCGCUUCUCCGAUCAUGUCCCCUUACGGCGACGAAGCCGUCGAUCUCCGCCAAUUCGGCGGUGCAUUGGUGAUCAACAUGGGCACGCUCACCAGCGAGAGCAUCCCGAACUACCUGAAGGCGCAGAAAGCGUACAAUGAGCGCGGGAACCCGGUCGUGUACGACCCAGUCGGUGCGGCAGCCACCAGCAUCCGUCGCGGUGUCGUCAAGCAGCUCAUGGCGGGCGGAUACUUCGAUCUCAUCAAGGGCAACGAGGGAGAAAUUCGCCAGGUAUACGGGAACAGCGGCGUGACGCAGCGGGGCGUCGACAGCGGACCCAGUAGUCUUGACAGCCAAGGCAAGGCUCGGCUGGCUCUUGAGCUUGCCAAGCGAGAGCGCAACCUCGUGCUUCUAACCGGUGCGGUUGACUACCUGAGCGAUGGCGAGCGCGUCAUUGCCGUGGAGAACGGCCACGAACUCCUCGGACAGGUCACGGGGACUGGGUGCGCCGUUGGCACUGUAUCGGGGUGCUUCCUAGCAGCCAACCCGAAAGACAAGCUCCUCGCAGUGCUAGCAGGGCUUUUGAUGUACGAGAUCGCUGCUGAAAACGCAGCGGCGAGGGAGGAGGUUCGGGGGCCGGGCAGUUUCGUGCCUGCGUUCCUGGACGAGCUGUACGCCAUUCGACAGGCAGCGUCGAGGGGGGAUGAUAGCUGGUUCAGCGGGCGCGCGAAGGUGCAGGAGAUCAGUUUGUAG